CAAAGACUGGUUACAUCAGCUGAAAGUGUAUCCAGCCCGUAAGAUUCUAUGCCAUUGAAGCGCCUGUGUGCUGUCUCCUCUCCUGACAGUGGCGGAGGCUUUCGGGGACUUACCGGAAACCAAACUUUUUUUUCAAACUUGGUUCGUAGCAUACCCGAAAGAGGAAAAGAGUUAAGAAGAAACUGCACUAACCCACAUCUAUGGGUACCAGUUCCUCAUUUUAAACAUCACGACAUGUUGGAUUUUAGAUGGUUGUUACCAAUAGAAAACGAAUUUGGAACUUCACCGCGAUAAGGGAGACGUCGAGUGUUUUUGCCCUCACAUAACGGAUCACAGUUUUUUAUCAUGGAAGAUGGAGGGAAAGAGGACACAGCCAAGCCCAAAGAGGUCAAGUUCACAGGCAAGGCCGGCUGGUUGAAGAAAUCGUCUGGGAAGAUUUUUGGGACGUACAAGGACCGAUACAUUCAGCUGGAGCACACGGAGGUCGUAGUGUAUGAAAAUGAGGAACUGAAGACGUGUCUAGAGAAGUUGGACCUGGAAAACUAUGAGAAAUGCCACGAGCUGCGGGGUGCGUUUAAGAAGAAAAACAGGCUGAUAUUGAUAAAAGCUCCGAAAUGUGCAAAUAAGGUUCAUGAUGUGAAAUUGCAAGCCCAAAAUCAGGAGGAGAAAGAUGCUUGGAUCAAGGCAUUCAGUGAUGGCAUCAACAGAGCAAAAAAUAAAAUCUUUGAUGAGGUGAAGGUGGAGGAAGGGUGUUCUUUAGAGCAUGUGACACGCACAAGGCCCAAAGGGAACCGAGGCAGGAGACCACCCACGAGGAUACACAUGAAGGAGGCUGCAAAUGUAUCCUCGGAUGGAAUUCUGAGGCUGGAUUUAGAUUUGGAUUUGACUGACAGCACUCCCAAUGGGACCCAUUAUGUCAACAUUGAAGAUGGCGCCCCAAAAGAGACUUCCAAGUCCAAUGAUGAUGAGGCCACCAGCGGUUCUGCCCAGGAUGAGCCCGCUAGUGAAACCCCCACCCCUCAGAAGAAGGUCCUAAAGCCCCCCAUGCCUCCAUCCAAGCAGCAGAAACCUUCCUCCACAUCGGAGGAGGACGCACACGGUGAGACGACGUCGGACAGUGGGGUCGACACGGGAGCUCCGCCCACUCCCAGCAAGCCAUCCAGUUCACAGGACGACUUGUCCUCUGAUUCGUCCACAGCCGAAAAAGAGCCGAAACCCCCAAAGCCUCCGUCUAAGGAUAAGAAGCCAGCUCUGGUGGAUGAAGAGGAGGCAAAGGAGACUCUGGAUGAUGCUGAUAAUGAUGAAGAAGAAGAAGGAGAAGAAGCAGGUGGGAAAGAAAAGCGGGAGACGGAAGAAAGUGAAACGCAAAAAGCAGAAACUGAAGAAGAUGAAGGCAAUGAAGAAGACAAAAACGCAGUUACUGACGAGCUUACAGUUAAAGCUGUCCCCAAGCCUUCCGUUGUCAUGUGGGACACACCUUUACCUGAAACGUCUUCAGAACCAGAGCAGAGAGAGACAGAAAUGCCGGAAGAAGAACGUUCCACCCCGGAACCGAUGAAGAAGGUUUCGGGGCCCCCUGCCCCUCCUAAGAAGAAACCAAUUAAGUCCCGCGCCAGCUCUAAGGAUGACGAAGAGUUGAGUGACGCCAAGAAGAAAGGUCACGAUGAAAGCUCCUCCUCGUCUGAGCUCAUCUCUGGCUCGGUGGAGAAUUUGGCAGACGGCCAACCUGAAAGUAAUACCCCCGCUUCAGUCUCUCCUGAGCCCUUGGCCAAGAGUGAGGCACUUACACCGUCGACAACCACCACGGUCUCAGUGGAGAGUGUCGAGCCCUGCGAACUAUCUACGGGGAAGGUGGAGAAGGUGGUGCAGGAAGAGCAGAAGUCUAUAGAUAGUGGACAGCACUCAGCCGAAGAGUCAGAGAUCGGAGAUACCACUUCCACUACUACGUCCAUCACUGCGAUGUCAGUCGACAGUCAGACGGCAGUCCAGUCAGGCAGCAACAGCAAAGAAGAUGAGACUCAGCCAUCACUGAAAUCGCUAAAGCAGAGCGACAGUGAGGGUCCGUCCAACAGUGCUAAGACUCCCAGUUCUUCUCAAGAGGACAGCAGCUGUGCACGUGUUUCCACCCCGCCACCCAGCACACAAAGCAAGAAGCCUCAGAUUCUCUCCCCAAGACCUCUGGUGCCCCUCAAGCCCAAAUCGAAGGUCCGGUCUGCUUCAGUCGGUGACCUUCUGGCAGAUCCACCAGAGGAGAAAACACAGAAGGAGCACAGUGGUGGUGGUGGUGGUGGUCCGUCCACUGCUGCUGCCACUGCUGCACCCGACGGAGACGUGAAGAAUUUGCAGAGCACAGUGACUCUGGAGCUCAAGAACACGGGAGAACUUCUGCACACAAUAGCAGACAAGCAGACAACGGUGGCGAAGGAGGGGGAGGAAAAUAAUCAGGGUGAACUGAAACCAGAGGAGCUGCUAGCCACUGCCAUGGAGAAGCUCAAGAAAGCUGAAGAGAUCUUGAGUGUGGCCAAGAGUUUCAAACAGAAGACACCGGUAGACAAGGAGAACAAACGAAUGAGCUGGUGAUGAUAGUUUUGUUUAACUGCUGUUUUUACGGCAUGUGGUUAUUCUUGUCUUGCUUAGCAUUGAAUUAAUUUUUUUUUUCGCAAGUUGUUUUUGCUUGUGAUCAAGUGCAAUUUUUCAGUCCAUCACUUUUACAAAUGACCUUAACAAAGUCCACAUUAUAGUAUAGGAUAAUGGCUUGAAAACAAAAUCUUUUUUUAUAUUAUUUAAUAUUUGUAACAUAUACUGAUAUAAAAUCACCCACGUUCUUAGCAUGUUCAAAGCAUUUCAAACAGUAGACCAUUUAAAGGGAUAUAUCAUGUUUGCACCACAUAAUCUUAGUCCUCUGCUUCUGCAUACAAUGUUGACUGCCACUGUCCACAUGAGAUCGGAAACCAGAAAUGCACCCUCGUUUUUGCACAGUCUCACUGUACCACACCAACCUUGUGAUAUGAUGAUGUUCGAAGAUCAAGAUUAUCCAAAAAGGUUUUCAUGUAAACCAGCCACUCAGCAAGAGCCAUUUCAAACAAGUCCAUGAUCAAGUUCAAAUUCAUGCAAAAUAAUGGAACAGUUCUGAAUCGAUCGUUUCAACCUCAGCAACCAUUGUAAACUGUCAGUGUAGCCAACUUAACCGUGCAAGUGACACCGUUAAGCACCAAAACACGAAUGAUGUAGGUGUAAAUCCAUGCAUUUAAAUUUCACCCUAACACGACUUUCUAAAAAAGCUUCUGAGGCACUGCAGAUCCAAAUGUUAUUGUGCACAUGUCACGUCGCAGAACACAGAUCAAAACCCCCCUCAGCCAUUCCAUGUCACCUCUGAAGCACUGACAUCACGGAAACCUUACGGCCCUUUCCAAACCUUUCUAAGCCCUUUCUUAGCACUCCUUGAAAUGCAACGAAGCCUACACCGUUUAAUUUUCUCUGCUUUGAUGAGAUGUUUUUAAACUUACGGUGGGUGGUUGUGGACAACAUGUUGCUUAAGCGGUGUGUAGAGAUUAGAUAUAAAAGGUGGUAUCAAGCCAAAAAUAAUAAAUCUAUUGGAACUUAUUUUUUUAAGAAAUUCAUAUUGCUUGUGUAAUUGUUAAUGACUAAGGAUUUAUGAAAAAAACAUUUUAUAAUGUUGGUUAUUACUUCAGUCGCAUUCUCUGCUAGUGCAAAAGUGUUUACUGUACUCUACAUGGUGUUCAGGGUACAUUACAUUACCUGUGUAAAUAAUAAUAAUAAUAACGUGAACUGUGCCCGUCUCUGCAUAUUGUACAGCAACAUCCAACCAACAGGUUACUUCUUCUCUGUUCUCAUAUGCACACAAGGAAGCACAUCUAUAGAAAAAAAACCCAUAUAUGUGCACCUUGGUUUCCUUGGUAUCUCCCCUAAGCCUGUCACUCUCUGUGUUGUGGUUGUCAUCACACAAGCCAGCGAUGCUACGGUUUAAAAUUAGAGUGGAGGAACUUGCUACUUCCUGAGUGCUGCGUUCACCCCUGCAGCAUUUUGUGUACUCCUACAAGGUUAUAUGUGAAAGGCAUACAAACCUCUUGCACAGUAAAAAAAAAAAAAGAUUUGUGUUAAUUCAAUACUCUGCGAGUCAGGUUAACAUCUGCCAGUGUAUUUGAUCCCAGAGUACUCUCUAAGUGUUGAAUUAACACUGUGUUUCUUUUACUGUUUGUAUCCUCUGCUGAAAUGCAAAAACUGUAAACAAAAAUUCUUGUGUUGUGUCGUUAUGUGUAAUCAACAAGUCACUGACAGAACUGCAGCACUAUCCUGUGUCGUCCUGGUUUGUUUGUCUGUACAUUAACACUGAGAUCAAAUUUAUGCUGUUGAUGUUUUGUUUUGUUUUCAUUUUUAUGUACAGUCGAUAGGUUAUUGUCCACUUGAAGAGUGUUAGGUAUUACCCAGCUAAUGCAAUUGUUUUUUGUAUUAUUAUUGAGAUGAGUUUCAAAUUAAAAUGUGGUACCUUCAUAUAUGAUUUGCAUUCUAUAGGUUUGCACAGUGCUCUUCAUGUGUGCAUGCAGAGGUUAAAAUGUAGGUGUCUGGUAAACUGUGUUUGAGCGCACAAUUGCCACUGAUCCAUGUGUUUACAACGCAACCAGUAGCGUACCACACACCUGUGAAUCCUGGUUGGCCUAAACCCUAUGCUUUUGACAUAGGCAUAAAACUUAUUAUUAUUCAAAUAUGUGAAUUAUUUCUUUUUGAACAUAAAAUUGUAAAUAAUAAAAUUACUAAAAUGCUUAAUAUUUAAGUUAUUAAUCUCCUGACGCAUACCCUUGUUUUAGGUCUCUUGAAUAUGUUCGGUAGGUUCAAAGAAAAAAGUAGGAUGUCUCACAAGUCCACUGAUACACAGUAAUUGGGCCCCUUAAUGUUAAAGAUUGUUACUGUUCACAGUUGUGUCAUGUUUUAACUCUUGUGUUGUCAAAUUGAUUUACUAAUGAAACUAAUGCUGUUUAAAUUGAAAUCAUGACCAUGUCUCGCUAAGCAUGUCUAAAUAAAUAUUGCCUGUACUUAUAUGUGAUCUGA